AUGCUCACCACCACUCUCGCAAGCUCUGCAGCCAUCCUUGGGCUAGCCGCUGGAUAUGCCAUCCCAAACACCGACGGCUUCCCCAGUCCCAACGCAGAACAACCGCUGACCAUCGAGACCCAAGCCGACGGGCUCCUGUCAAACUUGCCGCCGCCUCCCACCCUGAGUGCAGCAGGCAUCACCAACUUCCAGCUGAUCGCAUAUAACGAACAUUACGAGGUCGCCUUCUUCACGUCCCUGAUCGACAACAUCACCAACCACGUCGACAACUACGAGUACGUGUCCGUCAACCGGGACGAGGCCGAGAUCGUGGAGAUUCUCAAGACCGUCAAAGCCCAAGAAGAACUGCACGCCCUCACGGCCACCAACACCCUAAAGCACUUCAACGCCUCUCUAGUUCCCGAACCAUGCACCUACAAAUUCCCCACCACCUCCCUCGAAGAAGCCAUCGACCUCGCCUCGACCUUCACGGACCUCGUCCUCGGCACCCUCCAGGACGCUUCGCAGUCGUUCGCCAAGAACGGCGACGACGGCCCCGUCCGCGCCAUCGCCUCCGUCAUCGGCCAGGAGGGCGAGCAGAACGGCUUCUACCGCUUCAUACUCUCCCGCAAGCCGUCGCAGAAGCCUUUCCUGACAACCAGCACGGCGGCGUUCGCCUUCUCGGCGCUGCAGCAGUUCAUCGUGUCGUGCCCGUUCGACAUCGCCGAUAUCCCCAUUCCCGUCUUUCCGGCCCUGGACGUCCUCACGCCCGCCGGGCCCAAGGAUAUGAACCUGACCUUCUCGGCGGACCUGUCGGCCAGCGGGCAGUACAGCCAGGGUAGCGACCUGAGUGGCUUGUUCGUCACGUAUCUUGUCGGACAGCAGCUACCCAUCUCCGAGCCCAUCACCAACGCGACGUGGUACGGCGGCAUCCUGACGUUCGAUGCGCUGUUUCCCUUUACCGAUAAUGUCAUGGAAGGCCUCAGCAUUGCGGCACUGACUAAUGCGUCGAACUUUGCCAAUGCGGAUGCCAUGCCGGCCAACACCCUCGCGGCCCCUGGGUUGAUACAAGUUCAAGACAUGUCGGCGCUUUGA